CUACUGUUGUAUGGACUACCAGGGCUGGUACCAAGCAUUGAUUGCAGCCCAAGCGUCAUCAAGUGGCUGUCCUUUGUUGCCUGCUUUCUCCGAUUAUCUUGAUGCUCUUCUCCGCGCCUGCGUUUUGACCGAGAGCCAACACCACCAACCACACACUGUCACCACCAAACAACACAACAACAACGCUCUCGUUUGUUGUACUCGUCACAAGUCAGUGCUCUCCCGGCGGCAUUUAAUCAACAGACUGGGAUCAUCACCCAUCCCCCGCUGUUUGUUUCAUCUACAAGUAAUCCAAGUGUUGGGUUUCUUUCGACAUCGCCACUGCACACUACUGUUGCCCGUCACCUGCCGGCCUCUUGCACAGACGUCGUCAUGAUCAGAACACCAUCAUAAGCCUGACCGUCGCUGGAAGGGUGUUCCUUCUUUCCCUACCGUCAUCAUGUCGUACUUUCUUCCUUCCUACUUCCAAAAGAGGCUUCUCCGGUAUGCCCUGACCCGCCUCGACUUCAUCGACUCGGACGAGUUAGACCUCGACAACCUGGGCUUGACUUGGGGUCAGCGUACUGUGGUGGAAUUGAGGAACGUCGGAAUCAAAGUCAAGAAACUCAUCGAUAUCCUCCACCUGCCCCCGAGCCUCGACCUCACCCAUGCCUCGAUCAAGCACCUGCGACUCACCUUACCGGCCGACCUCCACGCCAGUAGCAUCGAAGUCGAAGUGGUGGGGGUGGAAAUCGUUGUCGGAGUGAGAUCAGAGGUAUCGCAAGACCACGAGGCGGGACGAUCAAAAGCAGGAAAUGCUCCCAGCAGGACCGACCGUGCAAAUCUCCCUCGGAUACCGUCUCCAGCCAUACACGAUCCGAGUGGUCGUCGCUCGGCCAGAGGACAUGGGUCGCAGUUGGAGGUAUCCCAGAUCAUCCCGACUUCCGAAGACCUGGCCAAUUCGUUCCUUGAAGCCGAGUCGCCGGAUGAAAGAGAUGAACUCCAGGCCGCUCUCGAGUCACAAUCUCAGUACAUGCAAGAGUCGGUGGCGUCGUCACACGGUGAAGACGUCGGACUGGGCAUGCCCGGGGGAUUGUCUCUACCCACGUUCGUCGCCAACUUCUUUAAAGGCGUUGCAGACCGGCUCUCGAUCAAGAUCAAAGAUGUCAAUGCCCUUGUAGACAUGGAUCUCCCGGCCACUUCGGUCGAGAGCGCUAAAUUCAUGUUGGCCUUGGACAGUAUCGUGCUGGAUCCGCUCCAGCAGGCGGAGGAUUCUCCUCUCCAGCCAGACUCGAGACGUUCUAUCAGACUGGAUGGGCUGCAACUCUUCGUCCUCUCAGAAUCGGAAACCUUCUCAGAGAUUUCUGGUUUAGGUUCGCCCAAACUAAGCCGGUCGCGUCCUCGACUUGCUCAACCAAAUGAUCAAGGCCACGCCUGUGAUUCCGCACAAUCUGGCAGUGAGAGCCUCUCGUAUCGAUCAAAGUCGCCGUCUGCCUCGCCGAGCGAGUCUCACUUCGGUCUAGGCCUCGAUAAUGCCUUAUUGGCCGAGUCCGGAAUUUUUGAGCGACCACCAAGGAGGCUUGAUCGAGACGACUCGUCAGGAACAUCGACUCCGGUCGAUAACAGAGCUCACGCAGAGGACCUGCUAUCGUCCCGUAACUACGAGAAUGCCACAUAUGAGAAUUGGCAGGCGGAUACUGUUGAGGAUCUCGAAGAGUCCAAAGUGUUCACUCACGACGAAGCAGAGAGCAUGUACAUGAGUGCAGUGAGCGGCGGACCAGAUAUGCCAGGCGGCUGGGAUUGGUCCAAGCCCGAGCAACAAGAUCAUGAAGUGCGAGCCAUUGUACCUCAACAAGGACCUAUGAAGUCAUCAGCACAAAUGGCUGAAAAUACCACAAACCUGCGUGGCAGCAGUGGCCAAGCGCCAAAACCCGAUACCCUUCCCACGAUCGAACGUGAGAUCUCGAGUGGCGAGAGCAUUCUCGAUGGCAACCUGUCCCCGUUCUACCGCUCAAGAAUUCUACAUCUGGACACAGUUUGCGUGAAAGUACCUCAACCGCAUCAGCCCGACACUCCGCAAGAGGCUCAGGUGCCAACCGUGGAUUCACGACCUAGUCUAAAUUCCCAAGCACGAGCCGCACGACUAGGCUCGUCGAGAUUGGUUGAAAGCACAUUUCUGAAUGAUGCGCGCCACCGCUCCAGUCCUUCGCACGAGCAGACUUCAACAGCUUUAGCACAAGAGGCAACUUUGGGCAUUGACAUAGGCAAGGUUACCGUAGACCUUGAUAUUAGAAUCUGCCGAAUCCUGAUCAAAGCUUCACAAGUCAUUCUGGACGUUCUUCCUGAAUCUUCGGAGCAGAACAAGGCGUUAACCACUCGGCCAAAGGCAGAUCUGCCGUCGUUUAGUGUGGGCAAAUUCAUCGUCAAUCUUUGUGAAGCAGUGCCGACGAGGGCCCCAACAGGCACUGCGAUUCAGACUAUCGAAAACAUGCUAUCACAAGAGACGACUCUACUCAAGCUGGUUUUACUAUCAAUCUCUCUCAGUUCUGUUCCGAAUAGACAAGACUCUCACCGACUAUCGAUCUCGAAAAUUACCAUGACUCAUGGCGAUAGAGAGGUUAUGUCGUUCGUCGACUCGAUCUCUGUCCGAGACUCGAUAGCUUCAAGCUCCAUGCUAAGACCGCAUGAUCUGACGGCGACUAUGACCGGAAAUCGUUAUGACGUGCAAAUCAAGCCUGUACAUGUUGUAAUGGACCUCUUGGUCAUAGACGACGUACUCAGCAAGAGUGGUGGCCUGAGCUCUCUGCUGGAUCUUGGCAAUUCCAUUGUCUCGACACAUACUGUGAAGAGCUCGGUAGUUCCGACGGCACCUGUUGUCAGACCUCGCACCGUCAGAUUCGACGAUCCUCAGCGAAGAACGAGAGCGGACAGUGACCCGACCUCUACUCUUCCAAAGAUAGACGUUCGCGUCUCGGGCGCACUUUUGGAUCUCAUUGGAUCUGAGUCCACGUUACAGGUGAGAAGCUCAGCUAUCAAGGCAGCAUACCGUCAAAACAAUGUGCGAUUGGUGAUUGAUGGUGCGGCGAUCGAAGGGCCACUCCUUCCAGACUCUGGGUCGCGGGGUGAUGUAUGUGCAAAGAUUCGUAAUGUCGAAUUGCGCUAUUCGGAUUCACCCGAUGAUGAUGAUUUGGACAGACUUCUCUCUGUCAUUACACCAUCCGGAGACAAAUAUGACCAGGAGGAUGAUAUCAUGGUCGACACUCUACUGCGACAGCGGCGAAAAGGAGGUGUCUUGCGGCUAUCGAUUGGAGACCUACAAGCCGGCGCCGUGGGCCUACGUUGGCUGCCACAUUUGACAAAGGUGGCUGACGAGAUUUCCAAGCUCUCAUCGGUCACAAAAUAUCUCCCCGAAGACGAUCGACCCGGCAUCCUCACCUUUGGUUUGAUCAAGAAAUUAGACUUCAAAUUCGAGGUGGAUAGAGAGUUUGGUCCGGUCAAACUAGAGGCUGAACUACUCGAGGGUGCCCAUAUCAGUGUUCCUUCGCUGGCCGCUGCUCAAAUUGCGACUUGGGGUCUUUCUCGAGGUGAAGCGGAUCCGUUGAUUACUGAAGUAAUUUCCCAGAGUCGCACUGUGAUGGGACCUCCAAUGUUCAUGUGCCGUUUCAUUGCAGACGAGAUGGAGCCCACUGUUCGUAUGAAAUUGUCGAAUACUUGCCUUGAAUACAAAGUCCCACAUAUCGUGGCCCUGUCAGCUUUAGCAGAACGCCUGGGGUCCCCGAAUCCAACUCCGGUUCCAAGCCCACUCUCACAGACUUCAAGCCUCUCAUCUAGUGAUGUUGACGCAAGAAGUAUGACGCGGAAGAUCCAGCUUUGUCUUGCUUUCAGGGAUUGUGCUAUAGCAUUGAGUCCGGAUGGAGUGUCUGCAAAGGGUUUGUUUGUCUUGACUGACGGUGAAAUACGACACCAGACUCAGAAGCAUGGCUCAGUAGACACGCUUGAUAUCAAAAAGGCUUCCUUACUGAUCAUCAAUGAUGCUUCGACAGUCGGAAAAGAGUCGGAGAAUGUCGACCACAAGCUCUUCUUCGAGGAGAAUGACCAGGUCCAGCAGCUGACCAAAGCUGGCUUUGUCCCUGUUGGAUCAAUGUCGUCCGCAUCAGCUUUAAUCAAGAUCACUGAGGAGAAGCAGCAGACCCAAAUCGACGUCGAAUUCCGGAACAAUCUCUUAUUCCUCGAGACAUGUGCCGACUCUACCCAAACCAUGAUUCAGAUCCUGAAUGGUCUCUCUCCGCCUACGGCACCUUCAAAAGUUGCCAAAUUUCGCACCGAGAUCGUGCCGAUUCAAGACAUGUUGGCCUCGUUCACUGGAAAUGCUUUCGUUUCCGAGCCUGGGCCGGAGCUUGGGUUGCAGGCUUCAAGGAUGACAGCUGCCGGCGAUGCCUUUGGUGAGAGCUCACCAGGAGACGAUUACGACGAAGAUGAACCUGAUUUUGCGCAAGAGAUGUAUGGAGAUGCUGAGGACGCGGAUGAUGAAAUGACAGCUAGCCACGUGGAGUCCGAUCUGGGCCGUUCUGUCAUAUCUGACUCCAUUCACGUCGCUCCUGUUGACAUAACAGGUUCUGAAUCGGGGGGUUCGAGUGACAGUAUUAUGAUGCACAGUCUGUUAGAUUUCCGCACCGAUCAUUUUGCUGCCGAGACACCGGUAGGUGGAACUGCACACCGUUGGAACUCAGAGCAGAACACCUACGGUCUGGCAAGCAAUGCCCUCUUCGCACACUCUCCAGUCAAGGUCCGGGUUCGUGACGUCCACGUUAUCUGGAAUCUCUUCGAUGGUUACGACUGGCAAAGUACCAGAGACACAAUUUCACAGGCAGUGAGGGACAUUGAGACUAAAGCCAUGGCUAGACGACCUCGAAGCAGCAAUCGCACAGCGGGUGCAGAAGAAGAGGAUGAAUCAGUCAUCGGGGAUUUCUUGUUCAACUCAAUCUACAUUGGCGUUCCUGCUAACAAGGACCCGAGAGACCUUGCAAGUGCCAUCAAUCACGAGAUUGACGAUAUGGCGAGCGAGACUGGUAGUUACGCUACAGGCACGACAAUAACAGCGACCACCUCGCGUCGCCAGUCUGGGACCGUUCCUCGACAGAAAAGGCUGAAAUUGACCCGAAGCAAGCAUCACAAAAUGGCCUUUGAACUUGAAGGGGUAUCUGCAGACUUUGUGGCAUUUCCUCCAGGCAGCGGCGAAGUAGAAAGUUCGGUCGAUAUUCGCAUCAGGAAACUCGAAAUAUACGAUCACAUUCCUACUUCCACUUGGAAAAAAUUUGCCACGUACAUGCAGGAUGCAGGAGAACGAGAAGUGAACACCAAUAUGGUCCACAUCGAACUUCUCAAUGUCAAACCAGUCGCAGAACUUUCAGCGUCGGAGAUGGUGCUGAAAAUAUCCGUCCUUCCACUGAGGCUCCAUGUUGAUCAAGACGCGCUGGAUUUCAUGAGCCGCUUCUUCGAAUUCAAGGACCAGAACGCGCCCGCUUCCGAUAUUCCAUCGAAUCCACCGUUUUUACAACGCGUAGAGGUGAAUGCUGUGCAGUUGAGACUAGACUUCAAACCUAAAAGAGUUGACUAUGGUGGGCUGCGCUCAGGAAGGACAACUGAGUUCAUGAACUUCUUCGUGCUUGACCGUGCGGAUAUGGUACUACGACGAGUCAUCCUCUACGGGGUUUCGGGCUUUGAUCGUUUGGGCAUCAUGCUCAAUAACAUCUGGACUCCGGAUGUCAAACGCAAUCAACUGCCUCGUGUCCUUGCCGGUCUUGCCCCCUUCCGACCCUUGGUUGACGUGAGCAGUGGAGUCAGAGAUCUUGUUGCCGUACCAAUCCGUGAGUAUCGGAAGGACGGCAGGUUGGUGAGAAGCAUUCAAAAGGGUGCGCUUGCCUUUGCGAAGACGACGGCGACCGAGCUGGUAAAUCUUGGGGCUAAAAUGGCCAUUGGCACACAGCAAGUUCUGCAAAAUACAGAAGGUCUUUUCGUCCAAGGGGAGGAGCUUCAAGAUCCGAAUGGAGACGACGAAGCCACUAAACAAAUUUCACUGUAUGCCGAUCAACCUGUCGGCAUCAGGCAGGGUUUGAGGACUGCAUACAGCAGUCUAGAAAGAGAUUUGUUGCUUGCAAAGGAUGCGAUUGUUGCCAUCCCCGGAGAAGUGAUGGCCAGUGGCAGUGCGAAGGGGGCAGCUGCAGCGAUACUGAAGCAGAGCCCAACGAUAAUUCUGCGACCCGCCAUUGGAGCAUCAAAGGCGGUUGGGCAGACGCUCAUGGGAGCGGGCAACAUGUUGGACAAGCAAAACCUGAGGAGGAUGGAUGAGAAAUACAAGCGACAUUAGUUAUGCGCCUCGGCUGGGUUUUGACUAUCUAGGCAUGUGCCUUUGAGAAAUAUGCCCUUCACGCGGAGGCGGCGUCAGGCUGGGAUUUACAGUUCUGCAUUUACAGUACAGCAUUCUGCAUGGCGCAAGUUGAAGUUAGGAAGCGCACAGUGAAGAGAAGGCAAUAAUUUGGGUUUGUUGGAUGAGCAUGAUAAAUUGCUCGUAUGACGAAUGAUCGACCUGAGACGACUGAAACGUGCCAUGACCACAAACUGCAUUGACAUUGAAUGAACAGACACAGCAACUUUCUUCCAUAUAGUGAACAUUUGGCACGGCGUUGGUUGGUUGAUUGGCUGAUUGGCGGAGGAUCGAGAGACAGCACUGCCCCUUUGAUCGGUAAGGUGCAGGAGGUGUGCUUCAAUGAAGACUGCAUUAUGUACAAACAAUUUACGAUCCGUCCAUUUUUUUCCGUGUCUACACGGAUCGCACUGCGCUUCAAUUCGAAAUACACAUGAAUGAUGUGACUGAUCUGUGUCAGAGGUGAUUCGGUG